AUGAGUGCGCACCGGUGCCAGCCAGUGACCGAUGGCAUGGCAUGCGCACUGACAACACAAAGUGCUGAUGAGGGUGAUACAGAAGCCACAAAUCAAGUUCUUCUUAAUAUGGAAGACUCUAGUCGCGUUAUAUGCGAAUUUUUUGCUCAGAUUGAUUCUAUACGAACAAAUAUUGAUAUAAUUAAUAAGAAUAUCGAAGAAGUGAAAAAACUACAAAAUAAAAUAGUAAUCGACCAAGAAGAUGAAAAAACGAAACACGAAUUAGACGAAAAAAUGGCUGAAAUCAAAAAAGUUUCAGAAGAAGUACGAAUUAGACUGAAAAAAAUGGAACGAAUUCAAAAAUCUCAGGCUCCCACUUCAAAGUCAAAUGCUCAGUCAAGAAUCGAAGAGACACAAUUAUUUGUCACACAACAACAAUUUUGUAAUGCAAUAAAAGAAUAUAACUCAAUUCAAGUACAUUAUCGUGAUCGAUGUAAAAGUCGAUUGAUUCGUCAACUGCAAAUGGCUGGUCGACAAAAGAGCGAAAUUGAACUCGAAAAAAUGCUGGAAAAUGAAAAUUUGGCCAUGUUUUCAGGCAUUAUGGUUGAAACACAAGAAGCCAAACAAAAUCUUGCAGAUAUCGAGGCACGUCAUCGCGAACUUCUUAAAUUAGAAAAUAGUAUUAAAGAAUUAACCGAAAUGUUUCGUGAUAUGGCUUUAAUUGUUAAUACUCAGGGUGAAAUGAUCGAUAGUAUUGAAUAUAAUAUUCGUAAAGCCACCGAUUGGGUUGAAAUAGGAAAAGACAAUGUUGUUGUAUUAAAUAGUGAGGUCAAAAAGAGAAGAAGGGUAAAUUAUAUUAAAUUUUGA